AUGGCCGGUCCCUUCUCCCGGCUGCUGUCGGCCCGCCCGGGGCUCAGACUCCUGGCUUUGGCUGGAGCUGGGUCUCUCGCUGCUGGAUUUCUGCUCCGCCCGGAACCUGUACGAGCCGCCAGUGAACGACGGAGGAUGUAUCCCCCGAGUGCUGAGUACCCAGACCUCCGAAAGCACAACAACUGCAUGGCCAGUCACCUGACCCCAGCGGUCUAUGCCCGGCUCUGCGACAAGACCACACCCACUGGUUGGACGCUAGAUCAGUGUAUCCAGACUGGCGUGGACAACCCCGGCCACCCCUUCAUCAAGACUGUGGGCAUGGUAGCUGGAGAUGAGGAAACCUAUGAGGUAUUUGCUGAGCUGUUUGACCCUGUUAUCCAAGAACGACACAAUGGAUAUGACCCCCGGGUAAUGAAACACACCACUGACCUGGAUGCCAGUAAGAUCCGUUCUGGCCACUUUGAUGAGAGGUAUGUAUUGUCCUCGAGAGUCAGAACUGGCCGAAGUAUCCGGGGACUCAGUCUGCCUCCAGCUUGUACUCGGGCAGAGCGGCGAGAGGUGGAACGUGUUGUGGUGGAUGCACUGAGUGGCCUGAAGGGUGACCUGGCUGGUCGUUACUAUCGGCUCAGUGAAAUGACGGAGGCUGAGCAGCAGCAGCUUAUUGAUGACCACUUCCUAUUUGAUAAGCCUGUAUCCCCAUUGCUGACUGCAGCAGGAAUGGCUCGAGACUGGCCAGAUGCCCGUGGGAUCUGGCAUAACAAUGAGAAGAGCUUCUUAAUCUGGGUGAAUGAGGAGGAUCAUACCCGGGUCAUCUCCAUGGAGAAGGGUGGCAAUAUGAAGAAAGUGUUUGAAAGAUUCUGCCGAGGCCUCAAAGAGGUGGAGCGGCUGAUCCAGGAGCGUGGCUGGGAGUUCAUGUGGAAUGAGCGUUUGGGCUACAUCUUGACCUGUCCAUCUAACCUGGGCACUGGACUACGAGCAGGAGUACACAUCAAACUGCCACUGCUAAGCAAAGAUAACCGCUUCCCAAAGAUCCUGGAGAACCUAAGACUCCAAAAGCGUGGUACUGGAGGAGUGGACACAGCAGCCACAGGCAGUACCUUUGACAUCUCUAAUUUAGACCGUCUGGGCAAGUCAGAGGUGGAGCUGGUGCAACUGGUCAUCGAUGGAGUAAACUAUUUGAUUGACUGUGAACGGCGUCUGGAGAGAGGCCAGGAUAUCCGCAUCCCUCCACCUCUCGUCCACAACAAGCAUUAA